CUAGUAGGUCCGUCUACCCGAGCUCAAGCAUAGGGUUGAGACUACAAAUACUUCGUAAAUUUCACCGUAUGGCGUCCAUGAUGAUGUUCGCGGACUGUCAAUCAUCUUCGACAGCGUAUCGGCUUCCCCCAUUGCGCCGGCACGGCCUCUUCCAUCUCCGCCGGCCGGCAUCUUUCCUUUUGGGUCCCACAAACCUUACCUUUCCCAGAACCACCAUCACUCACACCGCCUCUCCUUUGCCUUGUCUUAUCACAGCUGCAAUGACAACUGAGGCUUCUGCGAAGGUUAUUGAUGGGAAAUCAGUGGCAAAAGAAAUCAGAGAUGAAAUAACUGCUGAAAUAUACAGGAUGAAGCACUCAAUAGGUGUUGCACCAGGGUUAGCAGUUAUCCUAGUUGGGGAUAGGAAGGAUUCUGCAACUUAUGUACGCAACAAGAAAAAAGCUUGUGAAUCAGUAGGGAUCAAUUCGUAUGAAGUUUGCUUGCCGGAGGACUCGACAGAACAAGAAGUGCUCAAGUAUAUCUCAACCUUCAAUGAUGAUCCUUCAGUACACGGCAUCCUUGUUCAGUUACCUUUGCCUCUUCAUAUGAAUGAGCAAAACAUUCUGAAUGCUGUUUGCAUUGAGAAAGAUGUAGAUGGAUUCCACCCAUUAAACAUCGGGCGUCUUGCCAUGCGAGGUAGAGAACCAUUGUUUGUUCCAUGUACACCUAAAGGAUGCAUAGAGUUGUUGCAUACACAUGGUGUCAGCAUCAAGGGAAAGAGGGCUGUUGUGAUUGGUCGAAGCAAUAUUGUUGGAAUGCCUGCUGCUUUGUUGCUGCAAAGGGAAGAUGCCACUGUCAGUAUCGUCCAUUCCAGAACCAAGAAACCCGAGGAGAUCUCAAAACAAGCAGAUAUAAUAAUCGCAGCAGUAGGGCAACCAAACAUGGUGAGGGGUAACUGGAUAAAGCCUGGUGCAGUUAUUAUUGAUGUUGGAAUUAAUCCAGUCGAGGAUGCUAAAAGCCCUCGAGGCUAUAGGCUAGUUGGAGAUGUUUGUUACGAGGAGGCCUGCAAAAUUGCUUCAGCUAUUACUCCUGUUCCUGGGGGAGUGGGGCCGAUGACCAUAGCAAUGCUCCUUUCUAAUACUCUCAUCUCAGCAAAAAGAAUUCACAACUUCAAGUGAGAGAUUCAAAGUUACCUUUCUAACAAGGGAUAAUGAUAUAAUGAAAUUUGGUUGGUCGCCCCCUCCCAACCCUUCUAUUUAGGUUCAUUUGAGCAUCCUCCCUGUUUUUGUGGUGAGCAUGUCCUGGUCCUUGCCUAGCUGUCUUCUCCCAACACAUAAAAUUCGAGAAAAGCAUCUGGUGUGAUUUGUAUGUUCAGCCUGAUCUCCAUAGGGAAACCACACAAGUGAUAGUUAAUGUGUGAAUCUGGAUGGACAAUUGAUAUUGUGACUAGAGAGAACUUCAGGAGGAGUGAAGGGUUUGGGCACUAGGAAUGAGUUCCCCAAAACAGGACCGAUGAGAUAGGUCUUUUUUAAUGUGAACGAUAUAUUGCAUAGUUUGAUCUUACAGUUGUCAGAAAGGUUGGUGGCCUUUUUUUUUUGGAAGGUAAAUGGCUAUAACUUUAACUCUCAGAUUCCAGUACUGCUAAUUCAUAUCAGAGAUGGUUGUUGAUCUUGUUUCUUCCUUGUUCCCGAAAUAUAGAAAUUGAACAUCUGCAUUC